UAGAGAUCACGGGGUGCAUGAUUGUAAAUUGCUUGAUUUUCCGCACGAAAUCUCUCGCAUAAUAGACGCUAAAAACGUCAAAAUUUUGCGUUGUAAGCAAAAUAGCAACGUUAUUGAGCGAUUUUUGUGGUUGUAUUCAGAGAUAAGGACAAAGGUAUGUAUGACUAUAAUUUAUGACCAGUAUAUAUAGGUACUUACAGUUCUCUUUACAGUCAAUAUGGGUUAACAUAAAUAACUUCGGCUUUCAAAACAAUGAAACUAAAUAAUCAUUUAGCUUUAUACUUAGAAGUCUUGUGAAAGUUUUACACAGUUUCGUACAGCGAAGGCAAACUUUCACGUUUUCGAUGCAAAGCUAUCAUUUCGACUGUGACAAAGUAACGAGCUUUAGUAGAGCUCUUGUAAAUGGUACGUUAAGCUACUGAAAUUCAAGUCAUAUUAUGGUUAGAACAAGACAAUAUUUUCUUUGUAGGAUUGCAUGGCGAUAAAACAUAUAAUACUUUUUGCUUGUGGAACACCACGUAAAUUUAUUACUUCAAAGCCGUAAGCCCGAAUUAGCACCGAUGAAGAUCCGGGCUUACGGAUCGAAAGCUUUGCAGUAAUUUAAUUUACGUGAAGUUUCCACAAACAAAAAGUAUUAUAAGACAAUGAUUUGUUGUUCAUGCCGUCCUCUAUAUUCUGUAUAUGCCUCAAUACAUUCCCAAUAUCUUAAUUAUUGGUACGUGCCAAUGUAGGUAGUGACAAUAAUGCAAUGUGAAGAAAGAUAUAUAAGCUGCAGAUUGAUAUAGGGAUUCAACUAUCUGAAAAAUUCAAUGAGAACUUCGACGUUUCGAGCGAAGGCCCUUCGUCGGAGACGGAGAAUUUCGAGGUUUCCAACGAAGAGCCUUCUUCCAGACGAAUUAAGGGCGUUCUCUCAAACGUCGAAGUUCUCCUUGUAUUUUUCAGGUAGUUGAAUCCCUAUAUCAAUUCGAAGCUUUCUUUAUUACUGGUCAGUUUGUUCAACAUACCCGUCGAACUUUCGUAUUUAUUCCGAGUUAUUUAUAUCUGUUUGAUACUUUCUGUGUUUUUAUUUACAUUGACAUUUUUUUUAUUUACGCUUUGUAAAAGUGUACAGAACACAAACGCAAACGAUCGAAGAUUGGUCGACGAAAUAGGUGAGAGCUAAAGGGGCUGACAGUGAAAGUAAAACUGCGCGGUGCAAAAUGAAUUAUAUAUGACGUUUGAGGAUAUGUAAUUGUAAGACAGUUUAAUCAUUCCUAAUUGCUUUAAUCAUCAUAGCUGUAAUCCAUGUCUAUGGUAAAUAUAUUACAUACACGGUGUGACAUUUUACUUAUUUCUAAAACAUGUGCAUGGUCAGGAAAAUUAUAGAACCAUUUAUACGAGCGAAAAUAAGCCGCGGCUUAAAUAAGUCGCGAACAACUCAUGUAAACAGGCAAUUUGCAUUUAGCCUUGGCUUAUUUAGGCCUAGCUUUCAACCCCGGGCUUAUUUUAACCGCGGCUUAUUUUUACUCGUAUAAAUGCCGACGUUCGGCUGGUAUAAGCUUGCUUUCAAGUUGGGAGACCCGGGUUCAAUCCUUGGUCGGACCUCUACUCAAAGUCUUGAAAUUAUUGAGAAGAAAGAGCUACCUUUACAUUGACAUCAGUAAAUGGUUAGACUUUCGCGGCCUCAUAUAAUAACGUUAAAUCGUAUGGACUUCUGAUCCCCUAUCAAUUGCGCAAUAUAGUCUGUUGGGAGAUCCAUGCACGCUCCAAUGAGUGAGGAACUCAAUAAACAAAUUAAUAAACAAUAUAUUAACGACUUUUUAUCUACUUUUGUAAGGUAUAUAUCUGAGAGACAGAAAAAGUGAUUUAACCUGAAGAUCUGAAAAUGGUAAGGAGAGCCUUAGCUAUUAUCUACUUUAAAAAAAGAUUGGUUAGAACACCCAUAAUCUGCUUCAUAAUCUGUUUCAACCCAUAAUCUGCUUUAUCCUAUUAAAAAGGAAAAAGAGGAAAAGAGGCGCAAGAAGAAACAAGAAAAAAAGGAAAAAGAGGCACGUGAAAAAGAGGAAAGAUAUAGAUGGGAGCGACAGGAAAGGGAAAGAGAGGAAAGGGAACGACGGGAAAGAGAAAGAGAAGAAGAGGAAAGAAGACAAAGAGAAGCAAAGCCGCAUCCAACAUGGUGGAACCAGAGUGAUGACGAUGAAAAGCAAAAUGACGAAUGUAUCUUAUCAUAAUUUCUUCAAAUCUUGCAUUACGAAACUGUCCCUUGCACACCUCAGGCCUUUAGUUUAGUAUUUUGGUAAAACAAUGUUUCAAAGGCCAUUUUCACGUUGUUCACUAAGCCACAAUAUAGAAAUGUUAAUUUUUUUGUAUUCACGCGUAUAAUUUCAGACAGCUGCACUCCACUAAGUCGAAUUACCGUUAUUAGUUACUUAAAAGUGCGUUUUACAAAAUAAGUUGGACAAGGUUGAACAAACAGGCUUAAAUUAUUUGUUUAACUUUCUAUGUUUUGUUAUAUUAUGUAUCAUAUUUGUUAAUUACUUACUAUAAUUAGGAUAAAAAAUUUUCAUAUACUGUUUAAAAAAAAUUUUUCCGGACAUAAUUUACUUCCGUUUCCACAUCUUUUAGUUGUAUGAAUAUUCAUUUUCUUCAUCUUGUGGUUGUCAAUGUCGUUUAGUUGUAUCGGUUUAUUUUUUAUAAAUUGCAGGACACAAAUUGUUGUGUCUGCACAUAAUAUCAAUUUAUAGCAAAUAUACUCGAUUGAUACAUUUCAGAUAUUUUGCCCGUCUAAAAUCUUCAUACUCUUUCAUAUUACUAUUAAUGAUUACUGCACACUGCGCAACGCACUCUGGGAAGACUGUAAAAUCCUUUGUCAUUCUCGCACCCAGAGCCCUUCUUACGCGCGGUGCGACGAGGGGCUCUGGCCAAAUCCAUAUCCGAACUGGCAUCUGAUUGGCUAACACCGGAUAUUGUUUUCUUACCAUGUUUUUAUGGUAUCCGGUUAUGGAUUUGGCCACAGCCCCUCGUCGCGCUCGGUCGAACGCGCGUAAGUAGGCUCUGGGUACGAGAAUGCAUCCUUUGUGUGAUUAUAAAUUUCAAAUUCUGCGUGAAUUAAGCAAAACAGCAAGCAACAUCGUUAACGUUGGUUUGCAAAUUUUGUGGCUGUGUUCAGAGGUUAAGACCACUAUAGAGGUACGUAUGUCCAGAAUUUAUGACCAUGUAGUUUAGAUGAUUACAGUUUAAUAAUUCCUGUUAACGUGGGUUUAUAACAUAGAUAAUUUAAGCAUAAAACCUAAGAACGACGGGCCGGCUAUCAAAAUAAUGGGACUCAUCAUACAAGUCUCAUCUUGUUCUCCGAUCCACGUUCGCGUUAUCGAUUUCCCAUUUUCAUAUUUGGCAGAAAUGGAUCCCAGAAUUGAAAUCUUCGUCUACAUCAAAAAUUUCGCGUUGUUUGGACAUUCAGAGCGCGAGUUACGGCGUUUUGAAAAUUUGGUUUCCCCUAUACAUGCAUUUGCUUGGAAUUUCCGCUGCAUAGAAAACAUUUAUAUAUUCAAAAAUUUUCAUAGCUUUUCUUAUGAACUUUUCUCUUUCUCUUCAAUUGUUUUGUAAAAGUAUAUAUAGAACACAAACGAUCUAGGAUUGAAAAUUGAAGACUGAUAGUGAAAGUGAAAUUGCGCAGUGCAAAAACAAUGAUACGUCGUCAAAAUUUUACUUAAAGAGGUUCAGAUUUGACUUCCGCUACUUCCCACUGCAGGUUUAAUUCGCAUUUGAUUUGUAAUUCGGGUAGAUUAAACGCAUCUGAUUGGUUAAUAGUAGCAGUAGUAAGUUGUAUAUAGUUCCUCAUGCUUUAAUCUUUAUUUAUGAUAAAUGUAUUAGAUACAAAACGUGAUUGUAUUUGGAAUUGUGGUCAGCAAAAUGGUUGACAGUAAUUUUAAUAUAAAAAACUAGUUGCCUCUGAAUAUUUGGUUAAAUGUAUAGUAUCCUCAAAUAUCAAAGUUUUUUAUUCGUGUGCAGAAACAACUAUGGACACGUUAGUAUCGUUCUCUUUGCCUCCUCAAAUUUUACAGAUCAAAUAAUUUAAUUUGUGUAUUAACAUCUUUUAUCUACUUUUAUAAGGCAUAUAUCUGAGAGACACGAAAGCUAAGAGUGAGGGAUUUCACCAGAAGAUCUAAAAAUGGUAGGGAGAGCCUUAAUUGUUAUCCACUCUGUAAAUUAAAACAAAUUGGCUAAAUCAACCCAUAAAUUGAUUUAUUUUGAAUUUGAAACAACCAAUUUAUUAGUUAAUUGGCUUUAUAGCGUCAUUUGGACUUUACAUAUACUAUACAGGGUGACGUUUCACAUGAAUUUUGGUUUCAAUUUUCCCCCACAAUUUUUUCAGAGUGGACGUGAGAUACAAAGAUAUGGACAAGGAAGCAUGAAUCAAUACGAUGAUGAUGAGGAAACGUGGGAGAGAGAAGUCACGAAAAUUUAUGUAAAUGAAGGCCCCGAAGGGAAUAAAGAAAUAACUUAUGUAAAAGUGAGAGAAAGCAGAAGUCGAAGAGGAAAUCGAGGAAGAAGUCAAGGUGGAUUGCAAGUAGAAGCAAAGCAAGAAGAAUGUAUUUUGUCAUAAUGUUACAGGUGUAAAUAGCCUGAGGACGGGUAGUAAACUAUCCGAAACGUAGCUAAAGUAAAAAAAAAUAAAUUGGACAAGAUUGAACAAACAGACUCAACAAGUUCUAAAUUAUUUGUUUAAUUUUUAUGUUUUGUUGCCUUGUGUAUUGUCUUUGUUCUUGUCAUAACUGUUUGUCGUAUUUUGACUUUUUAAAAACGUUGUUUUGCUUACUUAUUUUAAUUAAACAUGCAACAAACUGUCUUCCUUAACAGGCUUAAGCAAGAAUUAUUUACCGCUUGUGGAAUUGGUAUAGUGUAGCUUUCCACAAUUCUAUUAAGAAAGCUAAUAAACUUGAAUAAUUAGAAUUACCAGGCUGAGAAAGAAUUUUCGUUCUCCUAGUCAACAAUUUCAAUUGUUCAUGCAAUUUCACCAGAAGAGCAGUGCAUUUUACUGUCGUGUCUUAAUCGAGAAAAUUUCCUCUUUUCACAGUAAUGAAUGGUGAUCGUACAGUACAUGCAAAAGCCAUGCUAACGCAAUCACUGAAAACUUAAGAUAAAAUUUUUUCAUAUAUUACAUGCAAGUUUACUAUUAAGUAAUCCAGUAUGUGCGUUGAUUAAUCUUUUAUUAAUUUGCGUUCCUUGAGUUUCUUCACUAACUCUUCAAUAGUUCCGUUGAUCGCCCAAUCUGCCGUUUUAAAAUGCUUUUUCUCUACAGUUUCUCCAGUUGCGACAUCCCUGGCUGUUCCAUCAUAUACCCAAGGUUCUCUCAGGGAAUGAAAUCUUCCUGAAACAGAAUACUCGAUCGUGCGACCAUUAUACAUUUUCUAAAAUAGAAGUUGACAUUAGAAAUGAAGAUGGGGAGAGGGAGGGAGGGGAAAGGGAGGAAGGGAGAGAGAGGAAGGCUUGGAGGGGAAGAAGAAGUAUAGGGAGAGGAGGUAGAGAAGGGGGAAGGGGGAAACAGGGAGAGGGAGGAAGGUUGGGAGGGGAAGAAGAAAGUAUAGGGAGAGAAGGGAGAAAGGGGGAAGAAAGCAAACAAGGAGGAAGAGAAGAGGGAGGGAGUCUGGGAGAGGAAAGAAUGAAUAUUGGAAAAGGAGGGAGAGAAGGGGGAAGGAAGAAGACUGGGAGGACGAGAGGGAGGGAAAGAGCGGAGUAGGAAGAGUGAGAGCAGAGUAGAUACGAAGAGAAGAAGGAAGGAUGGAAAUAUAGAUGGACAGAAUUCGUGUUUCUAUGAUAAACAAUUUAGAAGAUAAGAAGGAAAACUGAAGGGUGAAAGGCAGGAAGGAAAUAAGGAUUCAUGCACGAAGAAAGGAUCAAAAGAAGAAGUGAAUGAUAGAUGGAAGAAACGAAGGAUGGAGGGAACGAUGGAAUUAGAAAGGAAUGAAGAAGAUGAAAUUUAAUUGUAUUGAUACGUACUCUGCCUUCUGUUGUGCCAGCAAUGCUUCUAAGCAACUGCUCAAUGGGAAGAGAUGGAGUGGGUGAGUUAUUCGCUGCAGGAGUGACUAUCAAGACAAGAAUAUAAAUAGACAAUUAUAAACUGCAUAUAAAAUUCUCAGUCUGAUUCCUAAUCAGCAGUAUAGCUACUUGUAAUUCUCAUUCAACAAUACAUAACGGAAAUUGUGACCGUAAAGAUUGUGAUAAAUCCUGUUGAUUUACAUUAUCUUUGAGUUAAUUUUUCUCACCAAAUAUCAUUCAUAUCUUUACAAAUAUUGAAGAAUACGCUCUCGCAGUAUACAUUAAUUACCUGCCGUACUCGCUGCUCCUUGUACAGGCUUUUUAUAGUGAGGCUAUUGCCGUAUUACAUCAGGAUAUUCCGCAAACAUGUUGUGGACAACAGAUGCCGCCAUUGCACCGGCAAAUGGCUGCCAUCUUCUGGCGCUGAUUUAUUUCCAUCGGCAAAAUCUGACACUCCUUUAACAACUGCCCGUUCUAUGCCAAGAUCAUACGCAGCUGCAUUAAACCUAAAAAUUAAGAACUAUAUUAAUAAAAUAUGAGCAGCUGAUCUUUAUGCAAUUAUGGGCAUCCCAUAAAGAUCAGUUGGAAAUAUUUUAACGUACUUGUAAAAUGAAUUAUAUUUGUUCACUUUAUUAGUAUUCACUGCCCUUGGCCAUGGGGACAAUCUAACGCUUCAUUAGCAUGCGUUUAAAAUCUGAACUAAUAUUGAUAACUUUCAUAAACACUCCUGCUUCUGAAUUAGUAUUCAUAACUUUCAUAAACAUCCCCUCUAACAUGUGACCUAAAUACCGCGUCGUGAUUUGUUUGUAGCCUUAUUAAUUAUUCAUGACUUUUACAAGAAUCCUCAUUGCGGCUCAUUUACCAUAUUUAUCCAUGUUCACCCUUUGUAGAUAGGUAGUCCAAACACGAAUAAAAUGGUACAGGUAUCUACUCAAACUCGCGUGCGUAGUUAAUCUUGAAAGAUGAUCCGUCUUUGUCUUUACAUACUUCACACGAACUUCCUGGAAAAUAUUAGGCAUAGAUUUGUGGCAAAAAGCCAUAAUUGCGUAUUUCUUGAUUUAAAGAAAAUACGAAACUUUCGCACGCCCAUUUUGGUCAGUGGCGUAACUCCUAUGAGCUCUACCCGGUAAGAGCCGGGAGCUUCCAGGGGGCACCCUGAACUGAGUUGUCCGGGGACCUUGUUCAUCUAAGGUUGUACGUGCAUAAGUACAGUGGCAAACAUUUCACUGUUUAUGUCAAACACAAUUUCUGUAUGGUGUUAUUUCUGCAUAGUUGUGGUUUUUUGUUGUAUAUUUUACUAUAAUCUAUAUAUUUAUGUUUCCAGUUCAAGAUACCAUUAAAAUUCGCUUCUAAACGACCAGCAAAAUGUUCAUAUUGUAAGAACUUCAUGGUACUUCAAAUGGAUCUAGGAUACCCCUGCCUUGGGGCACCCAAUUCCGGUAGGACCAGGGGCAGGCUGGUCCAAACUUACGCCCCUGUUUUGGGUUUAUAGGCACUUUAAUAUACAGUAGACUAUGUUUUACUCUCGAAAUAUAGUUGUGUAGAGGAUGAUCAGGGAUCAGACCUUUUUCAGCUAUAUAGUGUUCCCUCAAAAUCCCAUGUAUAAAAUUGAACCCUUCAACAAAUCAGGAGUUGCUUUGUCCAGUCACUUUAUCAGCAGCAAGAGGUAAUAACAGACUAGCCCAUGUACGCAAUGCGUACCUAUUUUUCCUUUCCGCAGUGCUAAGGUCUGAGCCAUGGUCUGAGCCAUAGAAAUAAUAGACAUUAUUAUACAUUGUAGUGGGUAAAAGCAAUUUGAUUGGCUAAGAGCUUACAGUUAAAUCACGCAACCUACACAAAAUUCAGUUAUCUGCUAGCAGAUAACUCAGUUAUCUGCUAGCAGAUAACUGAAUUUUGUGUAGGUUGCGUGAGGUUGAAUGAGUGUACAUUUCAAAUGAGUGUACAUUUCAAUUUUCAAAUGAAUGUACAUUUCAUAAUUGUAAUGUUUACUUUAACAAGUAAAUAUUUUAAUACGUUAACAUCUUAACGAUAAUAUGUUUCUUCUAUAUUUGUAAUUAAUUUAACUGUUGGACUUCCGGAGACUUGUUUAUAGAAACGUUUUACUUGAACAGCUUCGCCAGAAAUCAUAUUGAAUAUAACGCUUACCGAGACCUUGAUAAUUUUGCAUAUCGCAAAAAAAUUAAAAUAUUAAAAUACUAUGUUUAUUAUUUUUCAAAUGUAUAAUAAAACAAUUAUUGAAUUCGGUUUUUGCGAUAUGCAAAAUUAUCAAGGUCUCGGUAAGCGUUAUCAGCCUCGCCUUCGGCUCGGCUGAUAACGCUUACCUCGACCUUGAUAAUUCCGCAUAUCACAAAAACCUCAUCCAAUAAUUGUUAAUUAUUAUACAUUUAAUAUGUAUUCUCGUUUCUAAUUGGUCAGAAAGCACCGGCUAAUUUUCAGUAUUCGGUAUUUAUUACGUAUUUUCCGCCGAUGACGUCAUCAGCGUCCAAUAAUUGUUUUUUUGGAUCGAACUUGCAUCCAAAAAAAAUUAUUGGACUCUCUUGGGCCCAAGCCCUUGCGCGGCUAAAAGCUUGAACCCAUAAGCGCGCAAUCUCGUUCCCCGAGCAUGCCCGUUCGCAGGUUAAGAGUGGGUAUAGCUCUGGAGAAAUCGAAUUGAUUCACGUUGAAUUUCCAACUUGAGUUCUACGCAUGCUCGGCAAUGUUGCAAAAUAUAAAUAAAGUUUUUAUAAUUUCGCGUCGAAAAUUUGAUACAUUUUAAACUGAAAUCGAAUUGAAAACAACUAAAAAAUCUGGGAGAAAUAUGUACGAAAGCUUCGAUUGGGUAGGGAUACAGCUACCCGAAAAAUACAAGGAGAACUUCGACGUUUCCAGCGAAGACGCUUCGAUCUGUACUGUAAAUAGUGUUUGUUUAUAUCGUACUUGACCUUUGCUGAUAAAUAUAAUCUCCUCAAUAAUAAGUAUUAUGUAUUUUUAUGCUUUAAAAUUUACAUGUAACUCUCCUGUCAGAAUUUAUGGUAUAUGUAGUGUUAGGUAUGACAGUAUAUAAAAGGUCAAGUACGAUGUAUACAACACUAACAGCACAAGUCGAAGCGCCUUCGCUCGAAACGUCGAAGUUCUCCUUGUAUUUUUCAGGUAGUUGUAUCCAUAUCAAUCCGCAGCUUUCGUACAUAUUUCCUCCAGAAUUUCUAGUUGUUUUCAAUCGAUUUCGGUGUAAAAAGUAUCAAAUUUUCGACGAGAAAUUCUAAAUACUUUGUUUGUAUAGAACUCACGUUGGAAAUCCAACGUACUAUCUGCCGUUAGCCAAUCACAGGCCUGAAUCAAUUCGAUUUCUCCAGAGCUAUGCCCACCCUUAACCUACGAACGGGCAUGCUCGGGGAACGAGAUUGAUAAGCGCGCGAAAAAAAACAACAAACAAAUUAAACAAUGGCCUACAGCAGAUUUGCUUCGCUGAAUGAAAGUGAACUCUCCAAAUUAUUGGCAGAUAAGGAUAGUGAAAGCACGAAAAAAGCCACAAAGGGGUAAAUAGAAGUAGAAAUAGAAUAUUUAGCUGACCUUUGAUUUUGUGCAAGGUGUUUGAUAUCAAAUUGUACUUUUCCUACCUCAUGAACAGGAAUCGUUUUAUACCUUUCUCAUGUCUUAAAUGUAUAAUAAAACAAUUAUUGGUUUCGGCUUUCGCAUGAUAUCAAGAAUUAUUCAGACCUCGGUCUAUGUUAUCCGCCUCAGCUUCGCUUCGGCAGAUAACAUUGACCUCGGUCUGAAUAAUUCUUGAUAUCAUGCUCAGCCUCAUCCAAUAAUUGCUUAUUAUUUAAUAGACAUUACUUCUAUUAUGUCUAUUAUUUCUAUGGUCUGAGCUCGCAAAUCUUCAUCACGGAAGCGGCAUCGGUCGUCCUCUUGCGCGGAAUCGGAUAGUCAUCGACGAAGGAAAGAAUCAAAGCGAAAUAGCUCGGAUUCGGACACUCUUUCGCAAGGAACAUACAAGAGCAAUUUGUAGUUCUGUCAGAACAUCUGAACAUGUGAUGAAAAUAGAUUCCCAGUGCAAUCAGGAAACACUCGAAAUUCCUCGUUCUGUUGAGGAAAGUACUGUAGAGAACGGUCACCUAUUUCAUUUCUUCUAGUCUUCUGGAGGUACAAAAUGUCACCUGUCUUUUUUAAAAGACAUCGCGCUAAAUCGUAUCUACCAAUUUCACGAAGAGCCUUUCUCGCGCCGCGCGGCUUGAUGCCCACCAAUGUUUAAGUAAUGUGCAUUCUUGCCAUACCACAUUCAAACGAUUAUAUUCAAACCAAUCUCCGUUACUUUUCUUAUCUUUAACGUUGAGAAUUUUUGCUAAUAUUUUUUUAAUCAAUUUCAUUUAAUGCCAUUUGUCCUAGCAUCGUCUAUAUGUGGAAAUAUGUCAUUAGAACAACGAAAGGACAAAGCAAAAACAAAGUGUUUGUGAAAUUAUGUCACUAUGUCAUUCUUAAUUUUUACCGAAAUGCUGAAUUGACAUGAGAUUACAAUAAUUUACAAUUAUGUAGACAUUUAUGGGCUUUGUACGUAUAUACCUUCAUGCAAAGUUAAGAUUAAAAACACAAUGUUAUAUAUAUUUACAUUGCAUGCAUAUACAGUGCAAAUAUGUUGAACGAUUCACUACUGAAGACAAUGUAAACGGGAUAUAUGUUAAUUAAACUUAUAUUAAUUUUUUCUCCCUGAGUUGCUUGAAUAAGUCUUCGAUUGCUCCAUCCAUCGCCCCUUUUUUGGUGAAACAAAGUGUCCGCUCUGCCGUUUCACCAGUUGCAACAUCUCUCACUUUCGCAUCGUACUCAUCGUAAUCAAAGAAAUCUCGCGAUGUGACUGAGUACUCAAUUGUGCGGCCAUUAUGCAUUUUCUGAAAUAUAAGCCAAGAGAAUAGACGUUAGAAAUGGAGGAAGGGGAGCAAGGCAGAGAGAAUUCAGUGAAGGAAAGAAGGAAGAUGAUUAAAGAUGAUUUCAUAUCUCUUACUAAGAGAUGCGAGAAUAUACAAUUACUUUAUGGUUUCCGUGUUUGGAUGGCCUGAUCCAAACACGCGGGAAUGUUGCGAGAGUUAAGAAAAGCGAGCGAAAUCACGAGCCGAAGGCGAGUGAUUUUGCCCGCUUUUCUUAACUCGAGCAACAUUCCCAAGUGUUUGGAUCAGUCCAUCCAAACACGGAAACCAUAAAGUAAUUGUUUUAUAAAAUAACAACAACACGGUAGUCUUCCGUGUUUGGAUGGCCUGAUCCAAACACGGCUUUCGACCAAUCAGAAUACGCGUUAUAUACAUGUUAUUUUAUAAACGUGCUUCAUGUAUGGGUAGCUUCAUGUAUAUAAGGCCAUAUGCUUCAUAUAUGAAUAGCAAGCAUUGAAUUCAUGAUCAUUUGCUGUUAUUAGCAGAAUAUAUGUCGGUAGUUGUGACUGAAUCUCAUUUCUCGACCAGUCAUAUGGUUCAUUAUCAAAAUCACUCUCUAGUGGGAGUUUGAAAUUGAGUUCUGGUGGUGGUGCUAUACCUUCACAAGAGAUGAUGAUAACGAUGAGUCAUCGUUGUAUAUGACGUCAAUGCGUAUAUCGAGAGUGAAAUUGAGUUCUGGUGGUGGUGCUAGAUGAUCGCUGCUUUCACAAGACAUGAUGGUAGAUAAUGAAUGCUAUCAACAGAAGUAUGCAUACAUAUGUGCAAAAAAGCAUACAUAUACGCCUUUACGUAAUUAUUUUUUCCCCGUAAAUAUAUUUGCUACCGUUUUAUGAUUUUGAUCAUAAUAAGCUAAGCUCUCUUACUAAAAGAUACGAAAAACUAGUUUCGCAUUUAUUCUGACACAGCAGAUAGAGCGAAAAAUGCGUUGUCUCGCGAGCGGGAUUCAAACUCGUAUAUUCGGGUUUCUAGCCCACCACUCUACCCAUUGAGCUGUCGAUGGGGAUUGGUAGCGAGUCUUAAAAUUUAAUUGUACUGAUACUUACAUGUCCAGUUUCAAUGUCAUUAAAAUCACUUUUUUUCUGCUUUUUUUUCUCCUUUUUUUUUUCUUUGCGGUUGACUAUAGAAGAUAAAUAUAAAUAGGCAAUUAUAAACUGGCUGCAUUGAGAAUAAUUCCAGUUUCAUUCCGGUCUAAAAAUAACUAUACCUUUUGGGUCUUCCGUUUCUUUGUGGUGAGGCCAAUGUCGUAGUACAACGGGGUAUUUGAACAUAUUGUAUACAACAGAUGCCGCUAUUGCACUAGAAAAUGGCUGCCAAAGUUUUGUCCUUUCUUCACUUCCAUCUGCGAAAUCUGACACUGCCUUAAUAACAGCCCAUUCAAUACUGAGGUUAUACGCCGCUUCGUAUAGACCUGUAAUUUUAACACAUAUAUAGAUGAAUACUCAUGAACAAGUGGACGUAACAAUUGUCUUCUAGAAUUCUAUUUAACAAUUGACAAAUCUAUGAACCGGUUUAAAACGUUAUGGCUUUAUAGACGGCGAAUGAUGUGGAAGAUCCCUACUUACCUUUACCCUCCAUUUCAAGACCAAGUGCAUCGGGAAAAGAAUUCAGUAAUUCUUCUCGUCUUUCACGAUAGUCGACUAACUCCGGGCCACUCAACAUCACAGCGUCUCGAUGAACUUCAAAUUUUAAACUGCUCGGGUCUUUUAGCGGUGGUUCCCAACCAUCGUCUGCAUGUAGAAUUAGAUCUGCCAUAUUUUUACUAACGUUCACUUUAAUGCCACGAUACAGAUCUCUGCCAUCUGCCAUGACUUUCUUAUUAUCAUAAGUGGCCAAUUUGGCGGAAAUCACGACAUCACCAAGUUUUGCCUUCGUCGGUUUCAUAGUUGCACACAGCCCGACGAAAAGAACGACUUUGGGGUAUAAAAUCCCAGCAGCAUUUGUGACAGCUGUCUGAGCUUUGCUCGAUCCCUGUGCACAUUUUAUCAGCGCCACCUUCACAUUCUCAUUACUCUGAUCACCGAACUGACCAAAAUCUACCAUUCCUAGUUUCGUAGAAUAACCUCGUCGGACAUCUUUCAUAUAUGAAUAGCAAGCAUUGAAUUCAUGAUCAUUUGCUGUUAUUAGCAGAAUAUCUGUUGGUAGUUGCGACUGAAUCUCAGCACUUGACCAGUCAUGUGGUGUGCUGUUAAUUUCCCUCUGUGUUACGAGAGUGAAAUUGAGUUCUGGUGGUGGUGCUACAUGAUCACUGCUUUCACAAGACAUGAUGGUAGACAAUGAACGCUAUCAACAGAACGUAUGCAUGCAUAUAUGCAUAUAUGCAUACAUAUACUUCAGUACAUACGUUUUAUACGUAGGCCUAAUUAUUUUUUUCCCUUGUAAAUAUGUUUGCUACUGUUUUAUGAUUUUGAUCAUAAUAAUCUAAGCUCGACUUGUUGCUUUGAGAUGUUCCUGAUUGUUAUUCAGAGGAUCUAGUGCGCUGUAUACAUUCAUUCACUUAUAUUUCACGGUGCAAUAAUGUUAGAGUCGUAGAGAUCACGGGGUGCAUGAUUGUAAAUUGCUUGAUUUUCCGGACGAGAUCUCUCGCAUAAUAGACGCUGAAAACGUCAAAAUUUUGCGUUGUAAGCAAAAUAGCAACAAUUUUUGAGCCUGUAUUCAGAGGUAAGGACAAAGGUAUGUAUGACUAUAAUUUAUGACCAGUUAUAGGUACUUACAGUUCACUUUACAGUCAAUAUGGGUUAACAUAAAUAACUUGGGCAUGAAUUCGAAGUCGAAGAAAAACAUCGGGUUUUAAAACAAUGAAACCAAAUGAUCAUUUAGCUUUAUACUUAGAAGUCUUGAGAAAGUUUUACACAGUUUCGUACAGCGAAGGCAAACUUUCACCUUUUCGAUACAAAGCUAGCAUUUCGACUGUGACAAAGUAACGAGCUUUAGUAGAGCUCUUGUAAAUGGUAGAACGUAGGGACGUUAAGCUACUGAAAUUCAAGUCAUACUAUGGUUAGAACAAGACAAUAUUUUCUUUGUAGGAUUGCAUGGCGAGAAAACAUAUAAUACUUUUUGCUUGUGGAAACACCACGUAAGUUUAUUACUGCAAAGCCGUAAGCCCGAAUCUUCAUCAGUGCUAAUACUACUAUUAGCACCGAUGAAGAUCCGGGCUUACGGAUCGAAAGCUUUGCAGUAAUUUAAUUUACGUGAAGUUUCCACAAACAAAAAGUAUUAUAUAAGACAAUAGUUUGUUGUUCAUGCCGUCCUCUAUAUUCUAUACUGCGCCUCGCGCUUUAUAUCUGAUAAAACAUGUAUAUGUCUCAAUACUUUCCCAAUAUGAUAUUUGUGGUGUUACUCUGAGUGUAUAUCCACACCGGGCGAGCUUGAAAAAUAUGCCCGGCCACGGUGGGAUUCGAACCUACGACCUUUGGAAUACUAAUUCGAACAUACGACCUUUGGAAUACCUUUGGAAUACAGAAAAAAAUUCAUAUUACUAGAAUACAUUGGUAUCGAAGGAACUAGAUUCUGUUCCGAAAUAUCACUUACUCGAACCGUCCUGACCGCGUAGCUCAGUUGGAAGAGCAUUGGGCUAGUAUUCCAAAGGUCGUGGGUUCGAAUCCCACCGUGGCCGGGCAUAUUUUUCAAGCUCGCCCGGUGUGGAUAUACACUCAGAGUAACACCACAAAUAUCAUAUUCACCUGAGUACACUACACCAACACAGAAAAAAAUUCACUUUCCCAAUAUGUUAAUUAUUGGUAUAUGGUCUGUGCCAAUGUAUAGGUAGUGACAAUAAUGCAAUGUGAAGAAAGAUGUAUAAGCUACAGAUUGAUAUAGGGAUUCAACUAUCUGAAAAAUUCAAGGAGAACUUCGACGUUUCGAGCGAAGGCCCUUCGUCGGAGACGGAGAAUUUCGAGGUUUCCAACGAAGACCCUUGUUCCAGACGAAUUAAGGGCCUUCUCUCAAACGUCGAAGUUCUCCCUGUAUUUUUCAGGUAGUUGAAUCCCUAUAUCAAUCCGAUAAGCUUUCUUAAUUAUUGGUUGUUUGUUUAACAUACCCGUCGAAAUUUCGUAUUUAUUCUGAGUUAUUUAUGUCUGUUUGAUACUUUCUGUGUUUUUAUUUACAUUGACAUUUUUUUUAUUUACGCUUUGUAAAAGUGUACAGAACACAAACGCGAACGAUCGAAGAUUGGUCGACGAAAUAGGUAAGAGCUAAAGGGGCUGAAAGUGAGAGUAAAACUGCGCAGUGUAAAAUGAAUUAUAUAUGACGUUUGAGGAUAUGUAAUUGUAAGACAGUUUAAAGGUGAUCUACAGUCCGAUCUGCGCAUGUGCACAAAUGAGCCCACUUUUUAUGAUACAAACAGUUUAACUAUGUUUUGAGUUCUUGAAAAGCCUAAUUGUUGUUUCUUGAUCAUUUAUUAUACUCUAGAAGCUUGAAAAUAUAAAUAGUUGUCGAAUAAAGCUCAAUAUUUUGGACACAAAAAUGUAAACAAAGGCUUUGUUUACAUACGGACUGUAGAUCACCUUUAAUCAUUCCUAACUGCUUUAAUCAUCAUAGCUUUAAUCCAUGUCUAUGGUAAAUAUAUUACAUACACGGUGUGAAAUUUUACUUAUUUCUAAAACAUGUGCAUGGUCAGGAAAAUUAUAGAACCAUUUAUACGAGCGAAAAUAAGCCGCGGCUUAAAUAAAAUAUGUCGCGAACAACUCGUGUAAACAGACAAUUUGCAAUUAGCCUUGGCUUAUUUAGGUCUAGCUUUCAAUUCCGGGCUUAUUUUCACCGCAGCUUAUUUUUACUCGUAUAAAUGCCGACGUUCGGCUGGUAUAAGCUUGCUUUCAAGUUGGGAGACCCGGGUUCAAUUCUUGGUUGGACCUCUAUAUACUCAAAGUCUUGAAAUUAUUGAGAAGAAAGAGUUACCUUUACAUUGACAUCAGUAAAUGGUUAGACUUUCGCGGUUUUUAAAUCGUAUGGACUUCGGAUCCCCUAUCAAUUGGACACUAGUCUGUUGGGAGAUCCAUGCACGCUCCAAUGAGUGAGAAACUCAAUAAACAAAUUAAUAAACAAUAUAUUAACGACUUUUUAUCCACUUUUGUAAGGUAUAUAUCUGAGAGACAGAAAAUAAGUGAUUUAAUCUGAAGAUCUGAAAAUGGUAAGGAGAGCCUUAGCUAUUAUCUACUUUAAAAACAGAUUGGUUAGAACAACCCAUAAUCUGCUUCAUAAUCUGCUUCAACCCAUAAUCUGCUGCAUUCGAGUAGCAUUUUACUUUAAUGCUUUUUCCUACGGUUUCUUCAGAGUGCAGCCGAAAAGCAGAGACGGAAAGAAGAGAAGAAACAACGACAAAAGGAAUUAGAAAAACAAUGGGACGAAGAGGAUAAGGAAGAAGAGAAAAAGAGGCGCAAGAAGAAACAGAAAAAAAAGGAAAAAGAGGCACGUGAAAAAGAGGAAAGAUCUAAAUGGGAGCGACAGGAAAGGGAAAGAGAGGAAAGGGAACGACGGGAAAGAGAAAGAGAAGAAGAGGAAAGAAGACAAAGAGAAGCAAAGCCGCAUCCAACAUGGUGGAACCAGAGUGAUGACGAUGAAAAGCAAAAUGACGAAUGUAUCUUAUCAUAAUUUCUUCAAAUCUUGCAUUACGGAACUGUACCUUGCACACCUCAGGCCUAUAAUUUAGUAUUUUGGUAAAACAAUGUCUCAGAGGCCAUUUUCAGGUUGUUCACUAAGCCACAAUAUAGAAAUGUUAAUUUUUUUGUAUUCACGCGUAUAAUUUCAGACAGUUGCACUCCACUCAGUCGAAUUACCGUUAUUAGUUACUUAAAAGUGCGUUUUACAAUACAAAAUAAGUUGGACAAGGUUGAACAAACAGGCUUAAUAAAUUAUUUGUUUAACUUUCUAGGUUUUGUUAUAUUAUGUAUCAUAUUUGUUAAUUACUUAUUAUAAUUAGGAUAAAAAAUUUUCAUAUACUGUUUAAAAAAAUUUUUUCCGGACAUAAUUUACUUCCGUUUCCA